UGGAUAUAAUACCGCAUUUGUUAAAGACACUUCUAUUAUUGUUUCUGAACUGCUUCACGAAUCAUUUUCAAAGCUCAAUGGAUUAAUACAUAAGUUGGAAAUUCUGAUUUUCAUCAUACUUCUGGAAAAAGAUAUCAAUACAUUUUUAUCCGAUCCAGAAAAUAUUGUUCAGUUAAGAUUACCUGGUACAAUUGUGAAAGAACUUGAGAACUAUGAUUAUAUGGAAACAGAAUCAAAUUGUAUUUUUGAAGGAUAUUUUAAUUAG